AUGACCAACAGCAGCGAGGAAUGCAAUUUUACAGACAUCGACAGAUUAGCAGAGACCCUGCGGCUGGGGAUCUCCAUCCCCACCUUCAUUCUUGGGCUGGUUCUCAAUGCCCUGGCCCUCUCUGUGUUCUGCUGCUUUUGGAAGAAACAGACCAAAACCUCAGUUUACAUGAUCAAUCUCGCGCUUGCAGAUGUCUUGCUGCUUCUCUCGCUCCCACUCAAGAUGUACUACUCUAUCAGACAAGCGCCUGGACUCCUGUGCUCAUUCAUACAGUCUCUCUAUUUCGUCAACACGUACAGCAGUAUCUUCAUCAUUGUCUGCAUUACUGUCGACAGAUAUAUCUGCAUAAGGCACCCAUUUGAAGGUCGAGCUAACCAAUCCCCUAAAUGGGCUAUCUUGAUUUGCUGCUUCAUCUGGGCAAUAGCUUGGCUUUGCAGCAGCCCAAUGUAUGUGUUUCAGAAGAAAGAGAAACUUCAAUGCUUUUACAACAUGUCAAAACAGGCGUGGAGUAUCCCCUUCAUUGUUUCUCUGGAAAUCUUUGGAUUUCUGAUCCCACUCACAGUGAUGGUUUUCUGCUCUGCCCAAAACAUCUGGAUUCUUCUGAAUCACAAAAGUCAAGAUAAAGUGAAGGUAGAAGACAGUGGCUCCUUACGAGUCAUUAUCAUCAACCUUGUGGUGUUUUUGGUGUGCUUCACACCUGUCCACCUUGCGAUCUGCCUGCAGUGCCUGGUAAGACAGCACGUGAUAGUGGACUGCAGCCUGAAACAAACCAUCAGCCUCUUCAUUCAGGUGUCAAUGGUAUUAGCCAACCUGAACUGCUGCCUGGAUGCCAUCUUUUAUUACUUUGCUGCAAAAGAAUUUCGUGAGAAAACACACCUGAAAAAGGUUAUUGAACUAUGUCCUGUCCUUAAGCCUUGUGCCACACGAUGGGACUGCCUGCAGUGGAAGAACGCCUCUUCCUCAGCUCCCACUUGCCUCAUAGGACACUGA